GGUCCUUCGAAGGCGUCAUUUCCAGACCGACGGUAGAUGAGCGAAGAGUACCGCGUCGUGGUCGUCAAGGCGACCAACCUCGUCGGCAACGACGGCUUUGGCGCCAACAAGACGUCCGACCCGUUCGUCGAGCUCUCGUACCUCAACAGCAACUACGAGCCGCUCAAAAGCGAGACGCGCAAGACGCGCGACGUCUCCAAGACCAUCAACCCGCUCUGGAACGAGACCUUUGUCAUUGGGAGCGACACGGACCUGCGCACGGUCACGUACCUCGCCUGCACGGUCUACGACAAGAACCUGCUCAAGAACGUGCCGCUGGGGCGCGCGCUCGUGCCACUCGGCGUCAUUCGGAGCGGUGUCAUGGCUGGCGGCUCGUUUCAGCACAAGUGCACCGUCGAGAAGUUUGGCAAAAUGCGCUUCGCGACCGGCGACUUGUUUCUCGAGUUUACCGUGCAUCAUCACGGCGCGUCGGCCGUCGCCGCGCCGGCAAGUGGCGACGAGCAGACGGCGGCGCCACCGACGGGCCCGCCCAACGUGCUCCACGUGACGAUCGACUCGGCGACGGGGCUCCCGGCCAUGGACAUGGGCGGCACAAGCGACCCGCUUGUCGUCAUCACGUGCAACAAGACCAAGCUCAACACGACGACGAAAGCCAAACGUCUUUUUGUGGUGGAAGACUUCGACGUGGCCGUCAACGACUUUAUGGGCCAAGCCAAAGUAUCCCUCGAGGCGCUCGGCGACAUGAAGCCGCGCACGGUCACGCUCGACCUCCUCGACAAGAAGUUUCGGAAAAAGAAGGACCUUGGUACGCUCACGGUCACGCUGCGCUGGGUCUACUCGGCCAAUGUCACGGACGUCGUCGCGUCCAACAAGAAGAAGGCCGGUGACAUCUUUUCCAAGAUUGGCAACGCGCUCAUGGGCAACCCGGAUGCGGGCGACGACGACGAGGAAGGCAUCGACGCGGACGCGGAAGACGACGCGCCCAAGAAGAGCGACGAAGAGCUCAAGAAGGAGCAAGAAGAGAAGGAAAAGGCGAUGCAGGAAGAAAAGAAAGCGCUCGAAGACAUCAACAUCCAGUCGGGCGACUACUCGGUACAAGUCCAUGUGAUUGAAGCCCGGGAUUUGGUGGCGAAGGACGCGACCGGCACGUCCGACCCGGUCGUGUACGUCAGCGUGCUCGGCCAGGAGCAACACACAGCCGUCAAGAAGCAGACGCUCUCCGCGGUGUGGGACGACACGCUCAUUUUCAACUUUCGCAAUUUGGACAAGGACGAAGUCGAGGCCGGAGCGAUCAAGCUCAGCAUCAUGGACGCCAACACGCUCACGCGCGCCGAGCUCAUUGGCGAAAUUCAAUUCGACGUCUCGUUCAUCUACUCGAACCUCAACCACCAAAUCUGCAACAAGUGGCUCGGCCUCAUUGCACCCAACCAAGAAGGUGUCCAGGGCUACCUUCGCGUCUCGAUCACAAUCGUUGGGCCUGGUGACAAGUUUGUGCCACCGCCGCCGGUCGGCCCCGACAGUGCAGGCCUCGACGCCGUCAUGAUGCCGUCGAGCGUCAAGCAAGAAGUCAACUUUCUCGUGUGCCGCAUUCACGUCGGCGAGCAUCUACCGCCCAUGGACAGCCUCCUCGGCGGCUUCAAGCAAGGCCUCGACGCGUACGUCCAGUGCUCGUUGGGCAAUACCAAGCCGAUCCGAACACGGGUGAAAUCCAAGAGCGGCGAGCGCCACCAGCUCAACCCGGCUUUCAACGACGAGCUCUGGCUCGUUUUGCACGAGCCCAGUUUGGCCAACCAGAUUGUGGUCUGCGUCAAAGACUGGGACAAGGUCGGGAAGGACGAGGUCGUCGCGCACUCGUACCAAUCCCUGCGCGUCAUCAAGAAGCUCGGGGGGCGUAUGGGGCCCAUGUGGCUCAACUUGUACGGCGCGCCGAUCUCGCACGCCAAGGGCAAUGUCCUCUCGGGUGACACGGUCAAAGAGCAAAUGAACACGUUUCCCGACACGGCCACGUUUUACCGCGGCCGGAUUCUCGUCACGUUUGAGAUCCACGCGAACGACAAGAAGCUCGAGGAAGUCAACCAGCGCGUCAAGGCAACGCCGCUGCCGCACCACGCGUACCCCGAGACCGCCCUCUACCGGCUCCGCGCGUUUAUCGGUCUUGGCUCGGACAUUCCACAGAUCACGUCGCUUGCCUCGGGCGCGACGCGCAAGUCCAAGAUGCAGAUUGUGGUGACGUGCGGCCUCAACUCGCUCGAAUUUGAGCGGCGGGAAAACAAUAAGGGCGUCGUGGUCUGGAACGAGCUCAAGGAGACGGACAACCUCGUCUUGCCGCGGGACCCGACCCAGAUCCCCGACAUUUUCGUGUACCUUUGCAAGGGCAAGGUCGACGGGAAGCUCUCGACGCGCAAGCAGGUCGCGUACAAGCGCUACUCCGCCAAGGACCUAUUGGAGAAGAACAUGGUGUCCGAACCGGCGUGGGUGACGCUCAAGGAAGACCCGGCCGUCGAUGCGCUCAAGGACGAGGUGUUUCCGGGCAACAUUUUCCUCAACCUCGGUUUCGGCCAUCUCGACACGUCAACCGCGACGGUCGAUGUGUGGAACCGCGUCUGCAACCAAGAAAUCUUGGGUACCCGACUCAAGUACCAAGUCCAAGUCAACGUCUUCCAGGGUCGGCAGCUACCGGCACUGGAUGACAAUGGGCUCUGUGACCCGUAUGUCAAAGUGCGUAUGUGCGGCCAAGAAGAGCGUACAGAAGUCAAAAAGAAGACGCGCGACCCGCUGUAUUACCAGACGUUUUGUUUGACGUCGACUUGCCGCCCGUCGAGUACAUCCAGUACUCGCCUCAGGUAUACUUUCUUGUUCUUGUAG